AUGAAACUUCUCAUUUCAUUCUGCUUCUUUGCUGUCACAGCAGCCCAUCUCUCCUUCUAUUUGAUGGAAAUGGUUCAUCCACCAUUCCUGGUGGAUGUGAGCUUGGAGGCCCGACUUGACUACCAUAAAAUCUUUGUCAACAAAAAAUUGACGAUGGCUGAGCAAAAGGAGGAAAUCAAAGCCUGGGCAAAGGAAAACAACCUUACGAGCGAAGUGAAAAGUUUCUUCAGCCGAAUCGGCAAAGGUGUGGUAGAAAUGAAUCAGAAAGUAGCCAAAUUGAUUGACGAUUUACCAGUGGCUUUCGGAAAUCUNGAACGAGAACCAGACGAUGCUCGAGAUGAUGGAUGCCAUAAAAAAUUUGAAGGCUGAGCACCCAACGGUUUUCAUUGUGCUGGGUUCUGCUAUGGAACAAGUUAUGGGUGA